UCAAGGUUGAAGCUCAGUGUGUGUGUGUGCGAGGAAGAGGAUGGACGGUUCUGGACAGGAGUCGUCAGUGUGAAACUGGCGGGCACGAAGAAGCGCUGGAAACCGGGAACCAGCAGCACCCUGACCUCAGCACGGGGGAUAAUCUCGCCGGGCUCUGACAACUUCUGGAUGGAAUUGCUGCUUUAAAGCAACAGAAGCAGUACAGUGCGAUAUAUUGAAAAUGCCUCAAUAAUCAGGAGAGCUGGGUUGGAAGUACGCAGUGUCUCCUCAUCUUGGUUUUAAAAUGAGUGGAGAUUUGAUAGAAGUAUACUAAAUAACAACAGAGAUUUCCAUGGCAGGCUGUGCAGACUUCUGCACAUCCCACACCCGGGCUGGCACGGCGGACGAGCAGAGGUACGGGGUCCGUUCCUACCUCCACCUGUUCUACGAGGACUGCACUGGAUCGGUCCUGGAGGAUGAAGACCCCGUGGGGUCAGGGGCAGAGCGCUCGCACAGUAACUGGCGCUCUGCCCUCUGGAAGGUAGGCCUGUCAGCAGGGACCAUCCUCUUCCUCGUCGGCAUGGCAACCGUCACCACUGGAUACCUGGUACCCCCGAAGAUCGAAGGCAUUGGAGAAGAUGACUUCCUCGUGGUAGACAAGCGGGCUGUCGAGUACAAUGAGGCCCUCGAGGUCAGCAAGCUGGUCGGCGCCAUUCUCUUCAGCGUGGGCGGCACGGCGAUAGCGGCAUGCGUCCUGGUCCUGACCAUCUCCAGGCACGUCCCCAGAGAUGAGGAGAGACAGUUUUCCCCCAUCCUGAAGGAAGGACCACAGCACAGACAACACAAAGCGGUUGUAAAGACUGGGUCGCCGGGGAGCGCCCAUAUCCCCGUUGGCUUUACUCGGGUACAAAGUGUGCAGCCCAAGACAGGAACAUGAGGGGGCACAUCCAAGCCCUUCUGUAACUGGUCAUCCCUGUAAUAGCUGAGGCCCUCACCAAAUGACCACAUUUCCACACAGUGACUUCAAGCAGGGUUUCUUUAUAAACGUUGGACCCCAGUGUUUUUCCCUCCACCCUGCUUUUCAUAGACCCAGAGAUACUCCAAUGCAGUGCCCAACAUUAUCAAGUCUGCUGUGGCAGUGUUAGACUUCUUCUGCCUUUUUGUGCCCUUUGACCUCUUUCACCCCACCAUUGCUUCCCUUGCUUACACUGGACAAAGACCCAAGUCCUGCGAUUUCUGUCCUACUCUCUACCUCCUUUAAUGUGCCCCUCAAACCCUACCUCUGACUAAGCCUUCAGUCACCUGGACUAUCAUGGGAGUCAGUUCUUUUCCCCAUCUUUCCUUACAAGGAGGAAAGGUAUUUCGGCCCAUUGAUUCUGUACUGGCUCUAGGAUAAUCCCAUUCUGCUACUAAUUUUCCCUUAAAUCUAUUCGUCCCUCAUUACAAUCAAUACCACCCCAGACUCUGCCCAUCAGCCAUACACUAGGACAGGGUUCCCAACCCUUUUUAUGCAUGGACCCCUUCAAAUUAACCAAGGGGCCUGUUCACCCCACGUUGGGAACCGCUGCCAUAGGGGGAGCCUGACCAAUUAAUCUAAUAACCUACCAACAUGAUGUCUUUGAAAUGUGGGAGGAGAUCAGAGCACCUUGAGGAAACCCACACGGACUAAGGGAGAACAUGCAAGUUCCAUACAGACCACCCCAUAGACACCCAGAUGCAUCUGGAGAUUCAUUUCUGUCUCCAGCAGACAACUGUGUGGGGUUACCACCUUUCAUCUGCAUGCUGUCUCUUGGAGCUGUCGUUAGUGUAAACAUUGUAAGUUAUUCACAGGACAUGGAUAUCACAGGGAAGGCUGGAAUUUCUUACCCUUCCUUGAUUGCCAUUGAACUGUCUCCUGCAUAUCCAUUUUGGAGCCAAUACCUUCUCCCAAAGGCCUCAAUGAAACCAAAAUUUUAGACCAUGAAAUAUAGGAGCAGUAUGAGGCUAUUCAGCCCAUCAACUCUGCUUCACCCUGGCUGUUUUUGUUUCAACUCUGUUCUCCCGCCACCCUUAACUCUCUUACCAAUCAAGAACCUAUCAGUCUCUGCCUUAAGCACACCCAGUAACUUGGCCUUCUCAGCCAUCUGUGGCAACAAAUUCAUCACCCUCUGUCUUAAGAAAUUCUUCCUCAUCUCUGUUCUAAAGUUGGGGGGGGGGGGUCCAUUUAUUCUGAGGCUGUACCCUUGGAAAUUAGUUCAUAAAUCAAUUUUCAUUAACGUAAACAACACCUUUAGUAACUAAUGUGAAGCGAAACCUUUAACUAUUAAAACAGUCGGAGAAGUGUUAAUCACUAAGUGACAGGGAACAGCAGGAGAACGGGGUUGAGACAGAAAAUAAAUCAGCCACGUUCAACUGGUGGAACAGAUUUGAUAGGCCAAAUGUCUGGAAUCUGCCUUUUUGUUCUACGGACACAGUUUCUGAUGGAAACACCCUCUCCACAUCCAGUCCAUAAUAACAAUUUAACAAUAACCUGAAGUUUCCACAGUAGCCUUUUAAAUUCCAGAUCUACUUUAUAAAUAGAAUUUCAAUUUUCAUCUGCUGUGCUGGGAUUUGAACUCAGAUACCCGAGUCCAUUCACCCAGCCCCGUUCACUACAAGCCAAAUAACGAGACUACAGUGUAUCGCAUGACCUGUUCCACAAGGGCUGUGGUUAUGUCCUCCUAAGGUGUAGUGUUCUGAUCACGAUGGACUCCACCUUCAUCCCAAAACUGUUUUGUCACCACCUCAUGAGAUACAAGGAAAGAAAAUAUGUAAAUAAAGAACCACAUCACUACCCACUGCA